AAAAAUUUAAAAAUUAUGAAACUUAUUUCCAGUUCGAGUGAAACAUUUAUUAUUUUACACAAAACACAGCAAAAUCCAAGAAUUUUUGGAUAAGACACCGUGUUCCUUCUGUUCGAUUAGGCAUUGAACAUUGAUUACCGUUCAUACAUCCUAUAGUAAUACUGUAAAUUUCUGAAAAUGCGCACCUGUCUGCAACGGUUCUUCUGCCCCAACAAGCCUGUUUCUAGUACGGGUGUUCGUUCCACCUUUGUCUACCCGAACGGAGGCACCUACAAAGGGUAUUGGCUGCGCAACAAGAACCAUGACUGGGGAGUGAAAACCACCGCGGAGCGCACCACUAACUACUAUGCGCGGAAGAAGCAGCCGGAGGGACAGCUUGUAUUUAACGGCACCUGGUCACACGCCAAGCGCCAAGGCGCCGGUUCAAUGGUGCGCAAGCGCGGCACAGAUCUGCAAACCGUGUACAAUGGCCAGUGGUACGACGAUAUGAAGUGCGGCGACGGCAAGCACUUCUAUUCCGAUGGCUGUGUGUACUUUGGGCGCUGGCUUAGGAAUCGUCGGCAUGGCCUGGGCAUCCAAUGGUACGCCGAUGGCAGCAUCUAUCUGGGCGAAUGGGAAGCUGACUUCAAGCAUGGCCUGGGCGUUUACUUCUAUGCUAAUGGCAAUCGCUAUGAGGGUCAUUUUGCGCGGGGCUUUAAGAACGGCGAGGGCGUCUUCUAUCACAUGCACACGGGUCAAAUCCAGAAAGGGGUCUGGGAGAAUGACAAUGCCAAGACUUCGGUUAUGCAGGAAGAGCCCUAUAUCCGAUGCAAUGAUGCAGCUACACCCUAUCCUAUACCGCCAAUUCAACUCAAGUAUCCGAACGAGAUUAUGUGCGAGCUCUUUAAUCGCUACAGGCCCUUCGCCGAAAAGCCCCGGCGACGCUUCAAUGAUAAAGUCAACCUGGAGUUUGUCCAUCACCAGCGACAGUUUGCCUCCUUUGAGGAGAGCAUGGCCACACCCUCACGGCUGGAUCUGUAUCCCAAUUCGGGCUUUGUGUGUACCUGCAAUUGCAAAAUCUAUGAGAAAUAGUAAAAAGGAAAACAUUUCAGUCUGAUUUGCAAAUUCAAUCUAAUGUUAAGAUUCAUCAUUAAAGUCGUCGGUUGAUAA